GCUGUACUGCUACGACCCCACCAACGACGGCACCGGGGAGAUGGUGGCGGUGAAGUCCCUGAAAUCCGGGAGCAGCCCCGAGCUCCUGAGCAGCUGGAGGAGGGAGAUCCAGAUCCUCAAGACCCUCUACCACGAGAACAUCGUCAAGUACAAGGGUUGCUGCAGCGAGCAGGGGGACAAGGUGGUGCAGCUGAUCAUGGAAUAUGUCCCCCUUGGGAGCCUCCGGGAUUUCCUUCCCAAGCACCCCCUCAGCCUUUCCCACAUCCUGCUCUUCGCCCGCCAGAUCUGCGAG